AACGGUGAACCCAUAAACAGUUUUUCUCUUUCUUUCUCUUUUAUUUUGAUCAGAUCUGUAGUUUUCUUCUUCUUCUUCAUCUCAGAUCGAAAAAAUGGCUCAGAGGGAGAAAGAAGAGACGGAAUUCAAGGUACCUGAAACCCUUACCCUCUGCACCAACGGUUGUGGUUUCCCUGGUAACCCAGCUACCAACAACAUGUGCCAGAACUGCUUCAAGCCUAACGCAGGAGUCCUGAAACCCCUCAAGUUCUCUUCUUCUCAGGAAAAGAAGUCCAGAUCCAGCUCCUCUCGAUCGCCGUCCAGAUCUGAAUCGGAUCCACCGCUAGCGGAGACUCGGAGAGAACGGACGUUGCAGGAGACGACGGUGGCUGGAUCGGCGGAGAGAAAAGCUUCGAUCAGUCCCCGGCGAGAGGUGUAUCGGUGUUCCGGUUGCAGGAGGAAGGUAGGGUUGACGGGGUUCCGGUGCAGGUGCGGGGAUUUGUUCUGUUCGGAGCAUAGGUACUCUGAUCGCCACGUGUGCAGUUACGAUUACAAGACUGCCGGUCGUGAGGCUAUAGCGCGCGAGAAUCCCGUCGUCAAAGCUGCGAAGAUCGUUAGAGUCUGAUGAUGAAUCAGAGAAAAAUGAAAAGAAAAAAAAAAUUGUAUUUUAUUUAAAAAGAAGAAAAAAUGGAAGUUUGUUGAACCCAACGAUUUGGAGACUUGGAUCUCCUGAAUCACAAUCUCUGUGGAGAUUUACCAUCUCCAUGACCAUUCAGUCACAAAUCAAGAGAGAUUCUUGAGUUAUGGGACAAAAAUAUGGUUUGAUGAUAAUAUUCUCUCUGAUUUACUUGUAUCUAUUAAUUUUCUUU